CCUCCGCACUCAACAACGCCGUGUACGUUUCCCUUAGUCUUGGGCUUUAACCGUGCGGUAAACCGACUUGAGUGCGCGUCCGGUAUAACUGCAGUAAUAAUUUUGAUCCGCGACAAUUAGGCUCAACUUCGUAGUCGCUCAAGUUAGAGCAUAUCAUACACGCGUGUGUCACUGGUUGGACAUUUGUAAAUUCUACCUUAAUUAUUAGAUUAAAAUCAAGUUAAUUGAAAUCGAAGCUAGCCUUUUAUAAUACGUGAACCAAUUCUUAGUGGAAUUUAGUGAACUUUAUCAACUUAUUUGACUUAAUAUCUCCGAAAUAGUGAAAUUAAGCAAAAUUGAGUGACCAUCCAACUAAUUAGGAUUCGCCGCCUCCCGUCUAUCCGAAGAUCAUCGAAGGACGUUUUCGCCGACUAUACCAAUUUUGUAAAGUCUAAGAUAAGGAAUUGCAGUGGGAUUUCAACUGGAUUCACGUGUGGUUAUCCUCCGAAAUUAGAACCUCAGAUUACAGUCGAAUAUCUCUUUCCUCCGGCCUUGGUCUAUCCUAGUCAAGAAGAACACAGCGAAAUGACAGAGGAACAACCUACCUACAAGCUAAUCUAUUUCAAUGCCCGCGGACGCGCCGAACACAUACGUUUCAUAUUCGCUCAUGCUGGCGUGGAUUACGUGGAUGAGAGGAUCCCGAAGGAACGGUGGCCGGAGUCGAAAAAAGCGAUGCCGUAUGGAAUGCUACCAGUACUCGAGAUAAAUGGAAAACCCAUUGCCCAGAGUAAUGCAGUAGCUAGAUACCUCGCCCGGAAAUUCGGCCUGGCAGGACAGAACGAGUGGGAGUCCAUGCUUUGUGAUGUUCUCGUUGACACUCUCGGGGAUUUGAAGCUAGUUUUAUUUCAGUACAGAACCGAGGAGGAUAUUUACAAACGAGAAGAGAAGAAGGUCAAGUUACUCAAGGAGACAAUACCCUUUUACCUCAACAAGUUUGAGCAAACGAUCGCUGAAAAUGGGGGCUACGCGGUCGGCAACACGACGACAUGGGCCGAUUUCGUCUUCGCCGUAGCCCUAGAAAACUUCGAGCAACUGUUUGGUGCAAAUGCCCUGGACAAUUAUCCAGGACUACGUGGACUAAAACACCGUGUUCAUGAGAUUCCCGCCAUUGUCGAUUGGCUGGCAAAGAGACCACAAACGGAUUUUUAAAAGUAAAAGAACCCAAGAAUGAUAAUUAAAACGAUCAAUAAACGCCCAUUAUCGAUCAAGGUGGCAAGAAACCGGAUUUAAUAAUUAAUCGGUGCAUAUCUACGCGUACCUACUAUGACGGAACUCUGCGUGUGGCCUUAACAAUUUUAUUAAAUUAUUCCGUUUGUCAUUGAUUUGUUUACAAUCUCCAUUCAUUUUUGUAUGAAUAAAAAUUCUCCAAGCCAAGAAUUUUCAAUUUCUUGAUUACGAAAAUGAAUGCUGGGUUCAAUAUUAGAAAGGAUUUCUACUCAUGAGUAAUUAGUUAAUGACUCUUGUUUAAUGACGUCAAUUAUCUCGACAACAAUUCCACGAAAAUUUUAACAAUUAUAUCAGUCGACGAUUUACAUACAAUGACAAAAGUUGCUAUCAAAAUUAUUAUGAACACACAUUCGAAUAUAACUUUGACUUCAUUUCCAUUGUCGAGAAUUUCAAAUUUCCGUUAUAACUUUGUGUAUUUACCUCUUGUACACGUAGAAACAAGAAAACUCGAAAUGUGGAGGUAAACAGAAAUGGGUAUUGUAUAUAAUUGGAUUCGUUAACGAGGAGAAAGGAAAUUAAGCCGGGUGCUAUGUACUAAUCUUCAUGGAUUCAAAUGCAUAAUCUCACAUGAACGAAAUUUAAUAAAAAAUGAGAAAAAUUGUUGAGAUAGCACUUUUUAAAAUUUCUGUUUAAAUUUUCCAAUACGCGAGGUACUUAAAAUUCGAGACAAGUUUAAAUUUUCGUAUUUCCCUGGGAAAUUAGAAAUGAGGUUAUAUUUUGCAUAAAACAUUGAAUAUUCAUGUGGUUAUUUAGGAAAUAUGAUAUUUUUCUAUCAUUUCGUGAUAUGAUGUGAGAGUUUUGAGAACAAGAUUGGAUUUUCUCUCCGUACAAUGAAUUUGGGACACGAAAUCAAACCAUUCACCUGAUCCUGUACGACUCAUGACUCAGAAAGCUGUUAAGAGUCAAGGAGACUGUAAGGUCAAGGAUUCAAGAUAAUAAAGAUCGCAAAGGAUUAUAUGAAGGAUCAAAUAGCCGUUAAGAGUUAACCUUAUGAGGGUCAAAAGGAUCAUAAAGGGUCAUGUGAAGGGUACUCGAAAGCAAUAUGGACUAGAGUCUUAUACAAUUGACAAAUACAACUGAGAGGAAUGUGAUACGAGUCAGAAAGACUGUAAGGGUCAAUCCCGCAAGAGUCAAGGGUCAUGUGAAAGCCAUAUGGGUCAGGCCCGGUUGCACCAUCGUCUGUUAACUAAACCGCCAGAUAAUGGUCUGUUAGUCCAUAAGGAUUACACAUGGAUAAAUUUAUCCUGGGGUAAAAAUAACUAAGAGGGCUCGGUGCAACCAGGCCUCAGUCUUAUGUAACCGACAUGUAUAAUAGUCAGGAUUCUGGUAAGGGUCAAAGCCCUUACUAGAAUGCUUAAUCCAAAGUCUUUAAAGGUUAUCUUUAUGAGGGUCAGAAGGGUCUCAAGGGCUCAUGUGGAGGUAAUCUAAAAACCAUGUGGACAGGAGGCUUAUAUAACCGGCAUCUAUAAUAUCUUACACAUCUGACAUUCAUUAGGGUGGAAAAUUUGAUAAGGGUCAGACUGUAAAGGUCAAAAGUUGUCAUGUGAAGGUCAUAUGGAUCCGUUUUAUACAACCGACGUUUAUAGGAAAAAUGGUUAGGAUUUUGAUGGGGGUCAAAAAUCCCGUAAGGGUUAGCCUUAUGAGCGUCAGAAGGGUCUCAAGGGGUCAUAUACAGGUCAUGGGAAGCCAUAUAGACUAGAAUUAUAGUUGAACAACAUGUAUAACAUUUUACAUAUCUGACAUUUAUAAGUGUAAAAAAUCUGAUAAGGAUCGGGAAAAAAGUCAUAUGAGUCAGAGUCUUACAGAACCGACAUUCAAAAGUAUCGGAAUUCUGAUGAGGAUCAAAAGGGUCUUGAGGGGCCAUGUGAAGGUCACAUAAAAGUCAUGUAAGCCUGUCUUAUAUCAGCGAUAUCUAUACAACGAUCAAGAUUCUGAUGAGAGCUAGGAAACCCAUAACGGUUGAACUUAUGAGUGUUAUAAGAAUCACGAGUGGUCACAUGAAAAUAAGAAAAUUUAUAAAUACACUUCGAGUUUUGAGAACCUCCCAUUGGAAGUUUCAGGAAAAAAUUUUCAACACUGAAAAUUAUCAAGGUGAUUGCGAUCAGUAUACGUUUUUGAGUGUAUAGAUGUUAUUUAUUGGUGUUGAAAAUAUUGAAAAUAAUGUAAACGUUAUGCGUUUCGGCUGAUUGAUUCUACAGACGAUUGAAAGAAAAAAAAUUAUUUGAUUAGAAGAGAAAAGUCCUGAGCACUUGCGAUUGAAUGUUAAUUAAUGCUGCCAGUAGUGUAUUUCCCAGAGAGAGGAAUUUAUUUUCUUCGGUUGGAGUGAUGAAGUAAUUAAUUUUGAAUAAGUGUGAAUGGAAGGGGUGAGAUUGGAUUCCAUUGCAAGGGGAUGGAUUAUUUUUUCACAGUCAAAUGAUUUUUUUUUACUUUGGUGAAGGAGAUGAGAGAGGAUGAUGGGAUCGGUGAAGAAUUCGACUGCGAGUGAGAUUGAGAGAGACAUUAUUAGAUUGGAGACUGUAUUUUGAUGUCAAUGUAACAUGUCAACAAUGGUUGAUGCGAUUAAAUAUGAAUGUUGAGAUAA